AGUUGCACUGAUAGUCGCGCUCUAGGGUCGCAUUAGACUCCUCAUGUCUCCGUUUCAAAGGGCUGAUAGUGGCUCCUCCCUCUCUGUACCUUGUGACAACAACAACUCAUCCACAGUGCAGAGCCACACUUUUCUGCUCAUUUUCUUCCUGUCAUUCUCUCUCAAUCUUUCACAGAGCUCUAAUUUCUGCACGGCACCUCUCCUCAUCCGUUCGCGCAUCGGCGGAGCGCUCUCCGGUGGAUUUCCCCUUCUUUGCGUUACUUUUGCGAACCGGCUCUCGUUUCAAACUGAACUUAUUUUAUAGGUGAAGAACACCAUGGCCAUACCGGCUGCUCUGAUUCCCCCGCCGUCUCUGGUCCAGCCGUGUCCGAUCUCAACUUGUUCAUCAUCUUCAUCAGCGUCAUCAUCAUCCUCCGCGAUCGCAGCAUCAUCGUCCUCGCCUUCGGCCACUUCAGGAUCUCCGUCUCAGUCGGCGACCCAGAAUCUGUUCCGAUCGGAUCUGAUCAAUGCCAGCGCCAGCAUCAAUCUGCCCGGAAAGCCCGUGUACUCUACCCCAUCCCCUGUUGAAAAUACCCCGCAGAAUAAUGAGUGCAGGAUGGUGGAGCUUAGGAGUGCCAAGGUGGCCUCUUUCACGGUGGACGGACACGAGCUCAUCUGCCUGCCCCAGGCGUUUGACCUGUUUCUCAAACACUUGGUCGGGGGACUGCACACCGUCUACACCAAACUCAAGCGACUGGAGAUCACGCCGGUGGUGUGUAACGUGGAGCAGGUCCGCAUCCUGCGGGGACUGGGAGCCAUCCAGCCCGGGGUUAACCGCUGCAAACUCAUCUCCAGAAAGGACUUCGAGACCCUCUACAACGACUGCACUAAUGCCAGCUCAAGACCCGGGAGGCCUCCCAAACGGACCCAGAGUGUGACAUCGCUGGAGAACCCUCACAUCAUGCCGCACUCCGUGCCGGGCCUCAUGUCGCCAGGAAUCAUUCCCCCUACAGGCCUUUCAGCCGCCGCUGCAGCAGCUGCAGCCGCCACCAACGCUGCCAUCGCAGAGGCCAUGAAGGUGAAGAAGAUCAAACUGGAGGUGAUGAGCAGCUACCACGGCAACAACACCCAGCACUGCGCUGACUCGGAAAACGGAGAUCUCAGCUCCGGUGUGGGCUUGGAACUGCCGUUUAUGAUGAUGCCCCACCCCCUGAUCCCUGUCAGCCUGCCUCCCGCAUCCGUCACCAUGGCGAUGAGUCAGAUGAACCACCUCAGCACCAUCGCCAAUAUGGCCGCCGCAGCACAGGGACAGAGUGCCCCAUCCAGAAUGGUGACAUCAGUGAUUAAGGAACGAGUGCCCGACAGUCCCUCCCCUUCCCCCUCUCUGGAAGACGGCAGGAGGCCGGGGAGUCGUCCCUCAUCCCAGCGCAGCAGCAGCGUCUCCAGCUCUCCCGCGCACACAGAGAGCUCCUCCGACAGAAUGCUUGGAAGGCGGUGGGGGCCCACAUCAAUAUUUUAUCAGGGGGCCCAGAAUUCUCUAGCUACGGCCCUGACUAUGGCUGUGCACCAGAACGGACUGUCGAUGAAUCAGGCACUACUGGGCCUGUCUCCCAGCAUUUUACCCGGACCUAAGGAGGGUGACGUGGCAACUCACGACAUUGUCCUCGAAGCCAAAAGAAUGCAUCUGGAGAAAGAAGAAACCCCAAUGUGCACGCCGACGGCGAGAGACAGCUAUGAGAGGUUGUCGCUGGCGGGUCAGGGUUUACCUCCAGGGUUUCCGUCACCUUUCCUCUUUCCUGAUGGACUGUCAUCGAUAGAGACCCUCCUGACUAACAUUCAGGGUUUGCUGAAGGUGGCGAUUGAUAACGCUCGCGCUCAGGAGAAACAAGUGCAGCUGGAGAAGACGGAGCUGAAGAUGGAGCUGUUUAGAGAGAGAGAGCUCAGAGAGACCCUGGAGAAACAACUGGCUGUUGAGCAAAAGAACAGAGCAAUUAUUCAGAAGCGACUGAAGAAAGAGAAGAAAGCGAAGAGGAAAUUGCAAGAAGCGCUAGAAUACGAGUCAAAGCGACGAGAGCAAGCUGAGCAAUCUCUGAAACAAACGUCACCGACAGAAAGUCUCCGAUCACUCAACGACUCGUUGACCCAGGAGAUAGAGACUGACCGCAGCAGUGGCAGAACAGAUGCUGAGAGGACAAUACAAGCAGAUGGAAGACUUUUUCUGAAAACCACAGUGAUGUACUGAUGGCGUGGCGUUGAGGACCGGCAUCACAUGUCAUAUGAAGAUUCUCCCGAUUUGCCUCGCAGGGUAAUUUAGUUACAGAAACAGGUCAAGCGCUCAUAGAGGUCCAUCAGAGGUGUUUGCUUGGCCCUGGUGUGGAAGACGGAUUGAGACAGAAUGUAGUAUUAGGACUCUUAUUCUCACUGAUAUAAGCGUUUCAUUUUGCCAGUUGGGGGAUUGGAUAUCAUGAGUUGGCUGUUUCAAUGGUGACAAUUUGAGCACAGUAAAACGUACCGCUCGGUACACUCGGUGAUAAUAUUGACCACAAAUUCACAGCACUGAAGAUUUUUUAUACUGUAUUUAAACCAGCGAGAAAGCUUCGGAAAAAUCAAUCUGAUUCAGAGGUUUUGUUUUGUAUUAAAAAGAGAAAAAAAGCAUAAUUCCUUAAUGUCAUAAUUGUUUGCCAAGAUGUUAAAGAUCCAAACUCGGAGAGGAGCCUCUGACAAAUGUGAAUUUGAAUAUAUGUUGAUCAACAAAAGUGACUAAUAUUUGCUUUUAAUGUUUUCUAAAAUAGAAAAAAAACAAUCAAGUUUCAUCAUUAUUUCUAUCAUUAUUGUAUAUACAAGAACAGAAGAUAGGUUAACUCACUCACUUUGGUAUUUGUAUAUAAUGUUAAAAGUUGGUAUUGUGUAUGCAGUAGAUCUAUUAGGAGCACAAUACCAACGUUUAUAUUGAAUUUAUAGAGUUGUUUUGUUUCUGAGCCAUCAUUCUUUCAAUUCGCUGCCACUAUGGUGAGGAAGCAUGCAGGCAUGUAAAUGUGUUGUCCUGAAUUCAUGUUAUUCAAUAAAUACUUAACUGUGCUGAAAAAUUACGUACUUAGGGUUUAUUCACUCACACCCAGAAAAAGCAGGUAAACACCACUAUCUAUAAACCGCUACAUUUGCAGUGAUAUAAAUCUGAACCAUAUGGAUUGAUUUCAGCAUUUUCAUGAAAAUGUUGUAAAGAUCAUUGCGGUCAAUUCAGUGUGUUUCCCUCAGUGGUCGGCCCCUUAUAACUAAUAUUCAUUGUGUCACAGUAAAAAGAUAUUUAUUAUUCCAGUCAGUGGUUUCAAUACAGGGUAACAGGUUUCCAUCUUAAAGUCGCAGACAAAAUAAUAUUAGCCCAUUUUAAAGAUAAAGGAUAAGAUGGAAAGAAGGUUUUAAGUCCAACAUGGAUAAGAUUUGAAAAAAUGCAUAUUUAAAUUAAUUAAAUAUCAACUACGGAAGCAUAACAAUCCUCAUUUUUUAAGAUGUUUUUUAAAGAUUUCUUUCAAGUUGUAAGUUAAGUAGCAUUUUUACCAAUUGGCAACAAUGAUGGGAAAUCCCUUUUCAAACAAUAAACUGCAGCCUAUAAAAAGGCAAAAAUAAGGUAAUUAUGGCUAUCCGAAUCUGACAGAUUUAAACAAAGAGCGAAACAAUAUAGCUUCGCUUGUUUGAGUUUAAAAUGACACUGUGCCAAUUAAUGGUAGGCUGUUAUUAAAUACAUUAAAGCUUUUUUCAUUGUACCUCACAGAUCAUCAUAAUGAUGAUGAUGAUGGUGAUAAGACACUUAUUGGAUAAUCAAGAAAGUUGUUUUGAAAGGAUCCUUUAUUAGAAAGACGUAUCAAAUGUUACGGGGCAGCUAUUUAUACUAUAAUCAUAGACAUUAUUUUGUCACUCAUUUGUUUUCCGUCUGUAACAAUUCAAAUGUUUAUUGUGUUAAACUAAAGUAUCUUUUACCUCAUCAACGAGGACUUGCCUUUUAGUUUUUUCUUUCAUGUGAAGUAAACACUGUAGCAAGAUUUAUGAACAUAUUGUUUCUUAUUUCUUUCUAUGGCAGUAAAGCAAACGUAUAAAUAUUGAAAUAACAAGGAUGUCUUGUUUUAAAGUGCUUUUCCCUCUUCUCUGAUCAUGUCUUCUGUAAUAAGAGCGUGUGUGUGCGUGAGCCUGUAGGUGCUUGUGUCUGCACACAUGCAUUUUAGCGUGUCUGUGGAGUGUUGCAUGAGUGUGUGUGUGUCUCUUUUCUAAUCUAUGGUGUUAAACAUGGUAAUAAAAUAUUUGUGAGUCACUGAU